GCUUCUUCUUGUGGCACGCGUCCUUGUGUAGUCUCUAUUCUUCUCCUUGCUUCCUCUGCUUCAAAUUGCACCGACAGAAAUGGCACCCUCCGCCCAAAUGGGGUUUGUUCGCUUGAGCGGUUGAAGCUGGUUCUGCUUUCUGGGUAUGUGAAUGAAAUACUCUCUUCUCAUCCCUUGUGCAAACAAAACUCGAUAGUAUUGGCAGAAUACUGUUCUUCAAAGUUGACUCUCGCUAUUCUCUCUUGAGGUAGUCUCUGGUUCAAUCUAACUCAAGUGUCGAAAGCCGGAGUUGGUUUUUCAUCGUCUUUCUCAGGAUAUCCUCUUUGUUCUUCACCACCUAUUGCUGUUUUGGUCUUUUACUUGCAGCGAGUUCAUUUAGGAACUAGACUAAGUAAUCCAAAAAGUGAACUCUAAUUUGGAGGCUGUAUGGCCAUGCCCACUGUUUUCAUGAAAGAAAAUGAAGGGAUUUUGAACAAUCCCGUUUUCCAGCCUUCGUCUACUUUGGUGCCUUGGUGGAGUGGACUCGGAUCUCAACCGGUUGAUGGUGGAUCUGGAAGCCAAUUUAAGUUUUCCCAUGUGGAGCAAUCCACCGGUGGAGGCCAACUGACUGCCCCUAAGGAUUCUGGGUGUGAUAUGGAGCAAGGUCUGGAGAAAGGGAGCAUACUUCAGUUCACCAUUUCUCCAGGUGAUUGCAAAACUUCAUCCAAUGGGCAGAAACCUUCAAAACUCCAGGCAGCCACUGCUGUGCAAUCAGCUUUGGCAGACUAUCGAGGUCAUCUUGAGCUAGGAUUUGGUCAGCCUGUGAUCUGUGCAAAGUAUCCAUAUUAUGGAGUUUAUGGACCUCUUAUUACGGGCCGAGUUAUGCUGCCAAUGAACCUGACUACAGAUGAUGGUACAGUGUAUGUCAAUGCUAAGCAAUAUCAUGGAAUAAUUAGGCGUCGGCUCUCACGUGCAAAGGCAAAAUCUCAGGAUAAUGUCCUAAGAGUACGUAAGCCAUACUUGCACCUGUCACGCCAUCUUCAUGCCAUGCGCCGACCAAGGGGUUGCGGUGGCCGCUUCCUCAACAAAAAGAUCAUAAAUGGUGACAAAGGUGGAGCUGAGAAGGAGAAGACUACGAACAGGCAUCUUUCUCGAGCCACUGAGUCUCAAAACUCUGAAGUUCUGCAGUCUGAGAGCGGAAACUUGAACUCACCAACCAAAGCAAAUGGCAGCAUGCCAAACAUUUUAGGGUCAGAGGUGACCAGUAUAUUUUCCAGGAGGGAUCUGAAUCACUUUGGGAUCAAUCAUCUCCGGCCAUCUGUCCGCGCUCCCUCUGAAACGACGCGUGGCCUAGCCAUGUCGGGCAAGUGGGUUGGCGCGGCCGAUGGCAGUUACCACCUCAAAGUUUGAAGCAUUGCCCCGCCGCCAUUUUUGGCGGAAGGCAAGUCAUUCUUGGCUCAUCUGCAUUAAGGUUGUCUUUGCGGUUCCAUUUGCAUGCUGCACUCUUGGUGUGGUUGGAUGGUGCUGAGAGCCUUAUUGCACGUUAGAAUUGGAUAAAACUAUAAUGUUUUAUUCCAUCCAUAUAUAUUCGAGUAAAACUACGUAAGGUGUGAUUUCAUAUGUGUGUGUGUGAGCUUGAAGAGGUUGAGUUUGUUGUUGUUGAAAAGUGUUGUAUCCUAUGACUUUUGGGCUAAUAAUUUGUGCGUUUUCGACUUGUUAUUAUGUAAAUUUACUAGCAUUAUCUAAUACUA